CCCAGGGAAGGCGCGUAAGCGGAGCAGCCUAGAGCGUGCGUGCGCAGAGCAGCUAAGGUCGCGCGCCGGGGCAGCGCGUGCGCGGGGCUGACUGGCGGGAGCGCGCACCUCUUCCCCGCCCCCACCCCGACUGAGAAGGCUGCACUAUGGCGGCGCCCGCGCCCUUGCGGCCCAUCACCCACCUCAUCUUUGACAUGGACGGACUCCUUCUGGAUACUGAACGGCUCUAUUCGGUGGUUUUUCAAGAAAUAUGUGGCCGCUAUGGACAGAAAUACACCUGGGAAGUCAAGUCCCUGGUUAUGGGAAAAAAGGCAUUAGAAGCUGCCCAGAUCAUAAUAGACGUCCUGCAUCUCCCGUUGUCCAAAGAGGCACUGGUGGAGGAAAGCCAAAUGAAGCUAAAGGAGCUGUUCCCCACAGCGACACUCAUGCCAGGGGCUGAAAAACUGAUCCACCACUUGCGGAAACACAACAUACCCUUUGCAUUGGCUACCAGCUCAGGAACCACGUCCUUCGAAAUGAAGACAAGCAGACACAAGGAAUUCUUCAGUUUGUUUAACCAUAUCGUGUUGGGAGAUGAUCCAGAGGUGAAGAGUGGCAAGCCAGCCCCUGACAUAUUCCUCUCCUGUGCCAAGAGAUUCUCUCCUCCUCCUCCCCUGGAAAAGUGCCUCAUCUUUGAAGAUGCUCCCAAUGGGGUGGAGGCGGCCCUGGCAGCCGGGAUGCAAGUAGUCAUGGUUCCUGAUGAAAACUUGAACCGAGAGUUGACAAAAAAGGCCACUCUGGUGCUGAAUUCCCUCCAGGACCUGCAGCCAGAGCUAUUUGGUCUACCUGCCUACGAGUGAGGCUUCUACCCUCAGCAUCAACCAAUGAGAAGUCUUGCCGUGUGAACUUCAGUGAUGAAAAUCAGCCUUGAACCCUUUGACUAAGUUGUUCCCAGUGUCCUGUUGAAGGUUUCAGAGACAGGCAGGUCUAGGACUCCUGAAACUGGCUCCA